AUGCCUCUAAUUGACAUAAAUAAACCCGAAAUGAUAAAGUUUCUAGUCGAAACUUAUGAAAAAACUGCACGACUACGAAUGAGAUGGAACACCCAUAAUGCCGAUAAGUUGCGCUUCGCUGCCACUCUCAAUCGAGAAGAAAAGGGUUAUGAAGACAUAGAUGUUACCAAAGCGACCAUGGAACUAGGCCUACCUGGGUUGAAAAGAGAUAGUAUAACCGACGCUAGGAACAGACGACUAAAGCACGUAAUGGACGGUAAUAUACCUGGUAUCGAAAGCCUACAAAAAGGACACUCUAUCGUCGAAGUUGACCUCGGCAAUCCCAAAGAUGACCCUAAACUAGCCCGACCAGACACAGACCUAUCAAUCGACCCUAUAAUGAGACCUGUAAAUCCAAAACAAAAGAAAAUCAUAUACAAGGGCCGUCCCUACUUUGGUCGUGAAGUGUAUUUGACAAAUAGAUGUAAAGCACAGCUUCCUGAAGAUAGAUAUUACUUUGCCGAAACCAGUUCUUGGGCGUACGGCUGGAGGUUGAAAGACAGUUCCCUCAAAUCAAGAGGGCCGCAACACGGUCGUGUGUGGCGCCUGUCUCGGGAGAUAAGCCGUACAGGCCCUGCACCGGAUCCUGCACAUUACCAAAAGCCUAGAAAGGAUCCCGGCGUAUGUUAA